CUUGUACGUGACGUCACGCUAUUGUCACAUUAGACCCACUGAUACACUGGGCACAGCAUUGAUCAGUGACACAAGACGCUGGCAAGUAUGUCAGAGGGAAGUUCCACGCGUCCUGUGCCACUGGAAGCGCCGCCACAACACACCUGUAUGUCUACUUAUUUGGAAUGUGCUCUCAAACACCCACAACAGCAAGGAGAGGAUGACAUUUCCGAAGAAUGUUCCUGCCUAUAUUCAGGAGCAGGGGCCAUGGGUGUUGUUCCAUCAAGCAGCACUGAAACAACAGCCACUGAGUCGCAGAGUUCCGCAUUCCUGUCUGAUGGCAACAACUCAACUGGCUCCAGUGUCUUCCUCUCUGAUGGAAGUGGUGAAAAUUCGUUUCUCUCACAAGUGGAAUCGUCUUUUGAGGGAGGUCAAUACUUUUCCUCACCCGGAACAGAGUCUCCAGUGUCUUUUGAAGAUGAUGGUAGAGAUGGGCCAUGGUCUCCAACAUUUGUGCACACAGCCCGAUUAACAAACCAAGUAUCGAGCGGUGACAUCAGUGAUGUCAGUUCCAUCUACCCACUGUCCCCUAGUAAUGAGACUGCAGCUAUUUCAAAUACAUCUGAAUGUGAUGAAGAUGGACAUUCUGCAACAUUAAAAACUGACAAAACAAAUGGUGUACCAGACUGCAACUCCAUCGUCAAUGAAAGACUUGUUGAGGAGGCCAAUAUUCAAGAGGAAAAGGGUCAGACAGGAAGUUCAUUUCACUCCUUACAAUCAAAUAUUUCAUCUAUAGUUGAGAAACGUAAGCGUUUUCAGGACCCAGAAAAUUGGUCACCAUCUCUCAGUCUCAGCCUCAGCUUCUGUGAUACAUCUUCUAUUGAUGAGAUAUGCGAUUUUGAAUCUAUUGUUCCUAUGCAUGACGAAGAUAUCCUUUCCCUGAGUGAACUAUGCGCAAACAGUGAGGAGACACACAUUGUUACUUUCAACAGGGAAUCACAGAAGAGAUCUCCAUUGCAAGGAGUAUGCCUUGAAGAAUGUCACGUACAAAACAGGGAUAAUCCGGUGACUAGAGAAUAUUCAAAUAGCAUGAUCGUUGCUACAUCUGUUGGACCUUUAUAUUCUCUUCCAGACAAUUAUUCUACAAAGUCUAUUGAAACAUAUCCUUCAUUAACAAAUGUAUUUGAUAAACCUUCAUAUGAGUCAUUGUCAAAAGACCGAAAUUUUGUGAAGGUUGAGCAUACAUGUAAAACAGAGGGCCCAUAUCAGACUCUGUCAAAGGAGCGAGGUACAUCGUUUCGAUCUUCCAAACUGGCAGACACAGGGUCACCCAUCCAACAGUUUCAAAAGUGUAUUCAUGAAACGAGCCACCCACCCACCGGUGAACACUGUCUAACCUCAUAUGACAUAAAUACAUCAGGGAUUAUUUCCAGAGGUAUCUGCAGCCAAAAGGAAAAUUCAUCUACUCAUUCGUCAUCUCCACACACUAUAGAGGAUGUCUCGCCACACAUGUCCUACAGUGGUGGCUUCAAGAGUUCACGUCAGCCUCAAUUAUCAAAGGUGGCCAUUAUUGAUCAUAUGGCCUGUGAGCUUGCAAAAACGGCAAUUGCUCUGUCACUUCAGGAGACUGCAAGUGAAAUCCAGGGAAAUGCAGUUAAUAGCAUGCUACAUCCAUUGGACGAGCAAGGAACAAAAUAUAAAACAUCUCUCUCUGAGCAAAUACUAGGAGCUGUUGAGCAGCACAAAACAUCCAGUGAAGACAACAUUGGCCUUGCAAAACCACCUUUGAAAUCUACUUGGAUGAAGAAUGCUAUCAACAGAUUUGAAUCGUGGUCUGAUUUCAAAUCGUGUAUUGACAUACCUUCAACAAUUGGUGACACACAUGGAGAAAAGUUUGAACAAGCAGUAGAUGCAGACGAGGCCCAUAGUAGUGAAAUAGACAAAGUCGAUUCAAAUGUACUACAUGAAGAUCGCCUUAUACCGACAGUGCAGCAGAGUAAAGUGAUUAAUCACAAUGAAAUGGGGAGUUUGGGUGGAUUGAGGGCUCACUACGAUAACAUAUGUGCAAAGGUUUCUCUUCAUGUAGAUGAGAGUGCAGUUGAAGAAGUAAACAGGCAUCCUACAGUGAAACAUCCAAUCAGUAUCACAGAGAAUCAAACUGCUGAACAAUUGGAGGAUAACACUAAACAUGUGCUUCCUGCCACCGACCACAACAUUGUUUGUGAAUCACCUCAUCUUGAUGGAGAUGAAGAAAGUGUACUGCAACCAACCUCAACAUUUUCAUUGCCCACAAUCCCCAAGAAAGCAGUACCGUUGGUCAAUAUGAAUAAUCAUGAUCCUGGACAUAAACGAAUCCUAGCAUUUCAUUCUUCACCAAAUACUAUACUGUGUGAGAUAGAUGGAAAAGAAAGACAUCCUAAAAUAUUUGCAACAUAUGAAAGACUUGUCCCAACAGAAGGGCAUUGUGAUGAACUAUCAGGUUCAGAAGAUUAUCAUAUGGUUGAAGUCACUGACUCAAGAGAGAUACACUGUUUCUGGAAAAGAAGAAAGAAGAACAAGGCUUGUCCUAAAAGAGAGCAGCUUAACUUCUUCAAUAAAGUUGGAUCAAUGGAGUAUGCUGUUUACAUUUUGCCAAACAAUGGCACUGUUCUUCAAAACCGAAACUCCCAUUCGGUUGCUGAUGCUUAUUAUGAUUCAGUUUUUGCUGAUGAAAAAUCAGGGCAGCACUCACACAAUGCGUCAGAAGAGUUAUGCAGGAAAACAGUUUCCAUUGGUUAUAUUGACAACAAAAGAGCAAAACGUAAGAAAGGCAAAGGUUCUCCCAAAAAGCCAUGUAAUGGUUCCGUGGUAAAAUAUGGGGAUGUCCAAAAUGUCAUGUCACGUCACACUGACAAUGGUGUGCAGGUACACUCAGGCAAAUGGAAUAAUAAAUACGUUCCAAAGAAGUUGUCUUCUACAGGUUUAAUUUCUACUGCUUCUGGAACAGGAGUUGGAAGUGAUCAAACCAAGGGAAAGCACUGCGAUCUAGGAAACAGAGACCUGUCAGUCAUCAAGGGUGCCACAGAUGAGCAGUUGUGUGAGAUAGUAGCUGAGUAUACCAAGAAUUACAUCACUGGAGUUUUAACUGGCAUUACCAGCUUGGCUGAGAAAGGCAAUGAACAUAAUAAACAAACACGCAGUGAAAAACAUCAACUGUCAAAGAAACGUCUACACAUUGACCUGAGAGAAAAGAUAGGUGAUGUUAUUCAUCAUCCAUCCCAUCAGUUGGACUUAUCUGAUGAACACAGUGUUGGUGGAAAUUUACCUUUAGAACCCAGUCAAGAAUGUAACAUUAUGGAGGAGUCUGACUGCAAGAAACUGCCAACAGAGGAGUCAAUUCCAUCUUUAACGUCAAACAGCAUUAUAACUGGAAAUAAUGCAACAAUGUACAGUGCCAACCAUAAGUUUACAUGUUGUCUGAAUGAUAGGCUAUUACACCAUACAGCAUCAGCAUUUGUUGCUGCUAUGGUGUUGUCUGAAAAAUGUGAGAACUUUGCAGACAGAAUUUUGGAAAAGGCUGAGCAAGAAUUGGCAACAUACAUGAUGCAUAAUCUGAAGGAACAGAUGUCAAUGUCGCUUAGCAAACCCCUUCCAGCACUCUAUUCUGGGAGUGAAAUUAGGGAAGGUAUCACUGCAGCUGCUAAAAGUGUCAUCCAGAAAGCCUUUUGUGAGUUGCAGAUAAAACUGGAUGAUGUUGGAUUGACGGGCAAGAAUUAUGGACAGAAACAAGAUUCUAUGUACAAACUUGAGGCAUACAAGAUUGCAACUAGUUGUAUUUGGGGAGCAAUGCAUGAAUGUGAUUUCCAAAGUCUGUUAGUCAAUAUUGUCACUUCCAGCAAUGUAUCUGAGACAGAAAAAUGUCCCAUGCCAGAAUUAUCUCAAAGCCAUAGAUCCGGUUCCAAUAUCAGAAACUCCACUAUAGGCAUCUGCUGUAGUAGACCCCAUCCAACUGAUCACGUCAGUCAGACUUAUAUUUCAUCCCAGCUGUCUAACCAGUUGAGCAGCUCUAUCCAUAGUCUUCCAGCCACGGCAGAUGUUUCCCAGCUUCCCCAUCUACAUGGAGACACGAAGAGCGUUUCAGCAAAAGAACAUGAACUACAGACUAGACAAAUGUGUCCUUUCUCACUACAACCUCAUGCAGAUUAUGAGCGGUAUAAAAUGCUGGUAGAACCUAGUAAGUAUCCCUUACGUUCUUCCCGUGGACAGGCUGAGAGUGACAUUGAUAAAUGUAUUUUGGCGGAGAACCACAAUGGACCUAUGAAAGAAACAUUGUAUUUUGACACAAAUAACACAAAGCCACUGCAGGAGCGGUAUGCCUCUCAGUAUUACUCUCGGAGAAUUCAGUGUGCUUUGUGCAAGAAACAGAAAUAAUUGUUUUAGAUGGUAUUUAGGUGAUCUUUUAUUCUGUACCAAAGGCUGCUACUAAGUGUUUUGUUACAAGGAAAAAAUGUUCCUGAAUUUGUAUGCAUUGAUAUAUAACUUGCAAUACUAUAUAUUUGCAAUAGUCUUUGUGCAAUGGUGUCAACUUUAGCUCUGUUAGAUUACACUAUAACACUCUGUUAAGGUCACGAUUUCAAACAGAUCUUAUACAAUGUACUUGUAACUAUAUUUGAUGAUAAAUUAUUCUGAUCAGUCA